GGCUCCGAGGCAGAAGAGAAAGAGCUGCUGAAGGGGCAUCCCAACCGAGGUGGCUGAAUUGACCCCUCAGCAUUAAACAAGCAGAAGAGAGGGAUCUUCUCUUCAGCCCUGUAGGCAGGCACUAGGAGGCAAGAAAGAGAUGAGCUCUGCUUUUGCUUUUCAUCCAGGGAAGCUAAGGGAUGUAGAAGACUCCUACAAAGCUGAUUUGUGUGGGCAAAGCUUUGAUCCUUUGGGCACGCUUGACAUUUUCACGGGGAGAGUGGUGCUAAUUGCCUGAAGUUGUUAGGCUCUGGACAAGGCUCUCCUUCAAGUUGCAGAGGGGAUUCUGCCUCAUGAAUCUAAGCCUCCAUGAAAGGAUUUUCUUGCACUUUCCCCCAUCAAGGAAGGGCUAACCAACAAAGGAUCAGUACACUCUCCUUGCUGUGUGGAAGCUGGUGUGUGAGAACUCAAAGUAGGCGCAACAAAAUGUGAUAAGCUGGGCUUCGGAGAAGCAGCAGAGUCUGUCUGGAAUCAUCCUUUAGCAUCUGAGGACACUUUCACACCUCCCACUGAGCCUGCCUUCACUUUUUUGUUGUUGUUCUGUUCCCAGCCCCCUCUCCCUCUUUUUAAAACUCCUACCAAAAUACUCUUUUUUGGAAAUAUAAAGCCACAGUGUUUGACAGCAGAAGAUAAAAGAAUAAACGAGAGAAAGCGGGUAAAGAAAUUGAUGUCCUUUUAUCUUCUCUCUUUCACAAAGAUGAGGUGCCUUCUGCUGGAGCUGACAUUUCUUCUGCUACUGGGAUUGACACUUGCACAACGCCAAGUGACAGUUCAAGAAGGCCCACUAUACCGCACUGAAAACUCCCACAUCACUAUUUGGUGCAAUGUCAGUGAUUACCAAGGACCAUCAGAACAGAAUUUCCAGUGGUCUAUAUAUCUCCCAUCCCUCCCAGAAAGGGAGGUACAAAUUGUCAGCACCAUGGACCCAUCUUUCCCUUAUGCUAUUUACACCCAGCGAGUCAGAAGUGGGGAAAUCUAUGUAGAGAAGAUCCAAGGGGAUUCUGCUCUGCUGCAUAUCACAGAGCUCCAAGACAGAGAUGCUGGCGUGUAUGAAUGUCACACACCCACCACGGAUGAAAGAUACUUCGGGAGUUACAGUGCCAAGAUGAAGCUAAUAGUUAUUCCUGACUCUUUGCGGGUGACCUCAGAAGCCCAGACCCUAAAUAAAGUGCAGCAUGAUUCUCUGGAGCUGAAAUGUGAGAUAUCAAAGACUACUGUACAACAUAGCCAUAUUUCCAUUGCCUGGUACCAGCAAAGAGCAGACGAGCCUGCGAUAGAGGUGAUCUCCCUCAGUCGAGAUUUUGUAUUGCAUGCUGGAAGUGAGUACAGCCAGCGAUAUGCCAGUGGUGAUAUCCGCCUGGAUAAAAUAGGCGAGACUCAGUCCAAGCUCACAAUCUACAACCUGCAGUCUACUGAUGAGGGCAAGUUUUACUGUGAGGCAGCAGAGUGGAUUCAGGAUCCUGAUGGCACUUGGUAUGCAAUGACCCACAAGCGCUCGGAGGGCACCAUGGUCUAUGUGGAAGGAACUGAUAUGGAUAUUAACGUCCGACUGGAGACAGAGAAACGGAUGUACACUGUGGGUGAACCAGUGGAGUUCCGGUGUAUUUUGGAGGUACAGAAUGUUGCCAAGAGAUACUUCUCCAUCUCAUGGGCCUUCAACAGCUCCCUAAUUGCUAGUUUUGGGGCUAAUGCUGUGCCAGUACUUAACAAUGAGUUUGCCCAGCGUGAAGCUUUAGGGCAACUGAAAGUGUCCAAAGAGAGUGACAGUGUCUAUAUCCUGAAAAUCUACCGACUCCGACUAGAAGACAGUGGAAAGUACAACUGUCGAGUGACAGAGCGCUUGAAGACAUCAACUGGUGAAUACAUUGAUGGAGACAGCAAACGACCGAAGAACACGCCCAUCACAGUGCUGCCUCUUAAGACCAAUAUUUCAGUGGAGGUGACCAACAAUGCCACCAGUGUUCUAGAAGGAGAGAGCCUACGAUUUGGUUGUAAUGUGCGCACAGGGUUUAGACCCCAGAACCGCCUCUCUGUCACUUGGCAGCUAGUGGACAAACAGAACCGUCGCAGUGACAUAGUACAGCUUGAUCGGGAUGGUACACUUCACCCAGGCCCAUCUUACAUUGAGCGCAGCAGCUAUGGCGGGAUCCAGAUGGAGCAGAUACAGCCUGGAUCCUUCACACUUGAAAUCUUCAACAGCCUCAAGGCAGAUGAAGGCCAUUAUGAAUGUCGCAUCACAGAGUGGACACGAAGGCUGGAUGGGGAAUGGCAGAUGAUUGGGGAGCGGCAUAAUGGCUCUGCGGUAUCUAUCAAUGCACUGGAUGCUGGUUUUGCAGUUACAGCUAUCUCUCGCACCCCUGGAGUGACAUAUAAUGAGUCGUUUGAUUUACAAUGCAUCAUCAAACCACAUUACCCAUCCUGGGUCCCGGUGUCCGUGACAUGGCGUUUUCAACCAGCAGGCAGCACAGAAUUUCACGAUCUGGUCACCUUCACUCGGGAUGGAGGUGUUCAAUGGGGAGACAAGUAUAUCGGGUUCCGAACCCGAACAGCCAUUGAGAAAGCAGAGUCCAGUAACAAUGUACGACUCAGCAUCAGCAGGGCCAGUGACACAGAGGCAGGCAAGUACCAAUGUGUGGCAGAGCUCUGGCGGAAGAACUACAACAGCAGCUGGACACGACUGGCAGACAGAACCUCAAAUCUCCUGGAAAUCAGGGUUUUACGGCCUGUGACAAAGCUGCAGGUCAGCAAAUCUAAGCGGAGCAUCACUCUGGUGGAGAACAGGGCCAUUCCUCUGAACUGCUCUGUGAAGUCUCAGACCAGUCCAGACUCUCACUUUGCUGUUCUGUGGUACGUUCACAAGCCAGCCGACACAGAUGGCAGACUCAUCCUCAAGACCACUCACAACUCUGUGUUUGAGUAUGGUACCUAUGCAGAAGAAGAAGGGCUGAAGGGGAGGCUGCAGUUUGAGAGGUCCUUGUCUGGAGGACUCUUUAGCCUCACAGUGCAGAGGGCACAGGUCAGCGAUACAGGCAGCUAUUACUGCCAUGUGGAGGAGUGGCUUCUCAACCCCAACCACGCCUGGUAUAAGCUGGCAGAGGAAGUUUCAGGUCGGACUGAAGUCACAGUCAAGUUGCCAGAUAACCUCCUGGAGGUAAACCAGACCCUGAAGAACCUUACCAUCCUAGAGAACGAGUGGGUGACUUUGGAGUGUCUGAUCAGCAGCCGGAGCAGCCAUGCUUCUCACUUGUCUGUGGAAUGGUAUGUGUGGAAGCCUGGCCACCCAGAGAAAGAAGAGGUUGUAAAGCUGAGCCGCCAAGCCACUGUCUUGUAUGGGGAGCUGGCAACAAUGAGUGACCUGAAGAGUAGGCUGCGCUUGGAAAGCCCUUCCCCGGGCCUGUACCUGCUUACCAUUCAGAACAUAACCACGCAGGAUAGUGGCAUCUACAAUUGCCACGUGGAGGAGUGGCUAUUGGACCCCACUAAUACAUGGUACAAACGGGCAGAAAGCCUCUCCGGGCCGACCACGAUUGUGGUGAAGCAGCCAGAUGCCUCUUUACAAGUGGACACAACAACAGCCAACCUCACAGUGCCAGAGCUGGGGCAUUUUCAUUUGGAUUGUACCAUCCUGUCCAUCUCAAGCCAGGAUUCCCGCUUUGCUGUAUCAUGGGUUGUUUUGAAGACUAACGGCAGAGACAGGCAUGCCAGUCACAAAAAGGAUGGAGAAGAAAAGGAGGUCUUAUUGAGAGUAGGCCAGGAUGCCAUCUUCAGCCAAGAAGCUAGCCCCUGGGAAGGCAGGUUGCGCUUUCAGAGGCUCUCGACUACACUGUACCGAUUGACUGUGUUGCAGGCAGGGGCUACAGAUGAUGGCAAUUACUCAUGCCGUGUGGAAGAAUGGCUUCCUGGACCCAGGGGAAUAUGGUACAAACUGGCUGAAGAGGAAUCUGGCCCCAUAGCAGUUUAUGUACAGAAUUCAGGUUCCUCUCUGCAGUCCGUCACUUGCUCCAACGACGCCCUCUUCUACUUUGUGUUUUUUUACCCCUUCCCCAUCUUUGGCAUCCUCAUCAUCACCAUCCUUCUUGUGCGGUUCAAGAGCAGAAACUCCAGCAAGAAUUCUGAAGGCAAGAAUGGGGUCCCCUUGCUGUGGAUCAAAGAGCCACAUCUCAACUACUCUCCCACUUGCCUGGAGCCGCCUGUUCUCAGCAUCCACCCGGGGACUAUAGAUUAAGAAUCUAUAGAGAGGCCUGCAGGGAAGAGGAGAGUGAAGAGGCACCUGGAACCCAAAGGAAGUGUAUGUGUGUGUGUGUGUGUUGUCUUUUUGUUGCAGCAUCUGUACUUUAGAUCCUGACAAGGCUCCUUGAUGAGGUUCCUGCCAUCUUUUGGAACUAGAGGAGCUCAGUCAGAAUGUGUGAGGAGACACAGGCACAGCUGAGGACAGGAAGUCCAUGCGUUCACUGUAUAUUGUGGAUUUCCUUAUCGUAUUUUUUCCCCCCUCCAUUUUCAGCAGCCUGCCUUUUGGACUUUAAUUCUGUUGCCCAAAGACACAUUCUUGAAUUAUACCGAGGACAAUCUCCAGCAUGUUUCUAAAUAUGGUGGGGAUCUUUGGUGCCAGAGGCGGGGCACAUUGAGUUAGAGUUGUAUUAUCUUAUGCCAUCCUUGAGCCUUUAUUUUGAAGAGGCCCAGAAAACUGGACUGGUUUCUUCUGAAGAAAACAAAACUGAAACUUCUCUCUGCUAAGCAGCAGCAGGGUUUAUGCCAGCUCACACAGCCACUGCCACCCAUUUGUAUCUAGCCAUUUCUCAAGUCUUUUGGAGGACUGAAAACAGAUAGAGGGUGGCUUUGCCAUUAAUUGGCUUAAGGAGAUUACUUAUGCCAGUUGCAGUCAAGCAAAAGCCGAAAUAUGCCACUAAUGCAAAAAUUCCCUGGCCUCUGUGCCCCGAGCACUGCUGCCUGAACACUUAAUUCUAUCUACUUAGAAAUGCACACAAUUGCUUUUUGGUUUAAACCACACUGCCACUUCUUUGGAGACUGCAGGAACAAAAAACCUGGAUUCCUAACUCUAAAGACACUUGAAAAUUGACCAAAGUAAUGAUUUAGGAAAUGGGAAGAUUGGCAAGGGCCUGGAUUUGUAAUAGCUUUGGGAUAUUGAACCACACAACAGAGAAAGCGUGGACAUGACGACUGACUUCCGUUUCCCAUUGCGCUAAUGACCCAGACUGACCGGCAAGAGCAGCAUGGAAGGGUCUCCCUUUCCUCCUGUAUGUGCGUGUGCCAUUUUGUUACUUCGGCUUUAUUUUUCCAGGUGCAACACCCCUCCCCAUUCCACACAGCCCUGCAAAAGCCACAAACAGACUUUUAAAGACAUGCUAGGGCAAAAACUGCUGUUCUUUCUGUGAAAGACAUGGUGUUAACAAAAUUGAGGCUCAGUGCUAGCAGGGCAUCUGCUGUCCCUCGGAGAAGCCAGCUGCUCAUGUUCUGUGCUACCUGGGGAGUUCUUGUGAUAACAGGUGGACCCGGCUCUCCUUAAUGCCCCUCACUGUAACCUUGGGAACAGAGAGAGACACAGGGUUCCUAGGAUGUGGCCUUUUGCUGUCUUCGUAAGUCUUCCUGGCAAAGCUGGUCACUACCUUUUUCACAGAAUGACUAAAUCUAUGUGGGAUAAUAUAUUUUGCUGUCACCUAGAUAACGUAAAUACAUGUUAUGGCUUGUUUGGCCAUCUUGGUUUAAGGGCAAAGUGUGGGAGGAGGAGCCAGCAAGAGAGUCGUCUCUUUCUCAGAAGGAGAGACAACCUGAAAAGAGUCUUUUUAAAUUGUUAGGUUGUCCCAUGGGAGCCACUCUAUGGGGAUAAAACAUUACCCCCAUGUAAGUAGUAGUUUGUGAAGAUCUGUGUGGAGGCUGGUGCCAUCCAUACUCUGGCAGGCGGAGGGAGACAUGUAUGUUCAAGUUACUCCACUUUAUUUACCCAACCUUUCAGGUUUUGAAAAACAUCCCCUCUCACCAUGAGGAAGAUUUCUGUGGGGUCCCAAUAAAAGCAUCCAAAAUGUUUCUUGGGUUACACCUGCCUCUGCAAGAUAAACUCUGUGCUUAAAACACACUCCUUCAUCCUCCUGCCUGUGCAGUGUAUUCAGAAAGGAGGAAUUAAAAAGCAAAUGGAAAUGAAGCAAAAAUAAAUAAAAAGAGCCCCUGGCUCUUGUGUCUAUUGUUUUAUAAAUGUAAAAUGUCCUGUACAUAUACUGCUUCAGGGCAGGAACUAUAACUCAGUUCAUCUCUUUAAAAGGAAAUGAGUCAGCAAGAUGUUUUCCUGCCCUAGAGAACAUUGCUGUUUAUCUUUGCAUUGGAAAUCUGUUGUACUCACCCAGUAGCAUCAGUGCUUCUCUCUGCCUAACCAACAAUCCUUUCUUUCCCUCUUGGUUCCUUCCAACUACUGUAAGCUGUCCCACAGCGACCUCCAGUGGCCAGCAGUUUGUGAUUGCAGCGAUUCUGGGGAAAAUGCAAAGCUGCAGAUGGAACAGGGAGGAUUCUCCCUUAAGCAGCACUGAUAAUUACAGAUUACUUUUGCAAAUUACUUGUUUGUUGUUCUGUCAAUCUACUGCCCAGUUGGGGACAAUGUUUCUUUUUAAAUUAUUAUUACGAAGAUGGACAUUUGCUUGUAAGAAGCUUUAAGAAGACUUUUCAGACAACACUGAUUUAACUUCCAGUAAUGAACCCAGAGGAAAAGGAAUGAGCUACAUUUGCAUGAUAUGGGAAAACAGUGUGGGAUUUUUUUAAAAAAAAAACCUUUGUACCAUGUUGCACUAAAUGUUUUAUACAACACACAUGAGAGAGCUGUAGUAAACUGUGUUGAG